GCCAAUUAUUAUUUUGAUGUUGUUGGUGACCCGCUGACAGUCCUGUAGGCCGCCCACGGGUGUCGGUUACGCUCGCGUGACUCACAUGGCCUGCAUAGCUGAAGUGGAAUGGCGAUAGAACAUCAUCAUGUCGGUCAAAAGCAAAAAAGAAGAAAUCAAUUUCUUGGAAAGGAAAAAGGACACCGAGAAAUCACAGAUCAUAGAGGAUCCUGAAAGAAGCUUUGAAAAGCAUGAUGCAGAAACCCCAGAACAGGUACGCAAAUCCCCAAAACCAAUCUUAAUCAAAGUCCAGAGUGACAACAACAGUGAAGAUACUAAACAUCUCCUAGAAAUGGACGAAGGAGAGGAUAAAAAACCUGAAGAACCAGUGAAGGAAACUUCAAACAGGGAAGAUAACAAUGAGCUAGAAAUGAAUCCAACAGAAAAAUCUGAAAAUGUUGAAAAUGUCAAAGAACCGGUGAAAAAGGAAGAAAAAGACACGAAGAAAGAUAAAGCAACUGGAAAAGAAGUAGAUAACAAUAAUGCUAAAGGGGGCGACGAUGACGCAAUAACACCAAUUGAGGAUGACCAUGUUGUUACCAUAGAAACAACAGGUGCUGAUAAGACUGACAAACCUGAUGGCAAAGAUGUCACAGACGCUAUUAGCGUUUUGUCUCUGUUCAUGGAGAGAGAUUUGCGAUAUUAUUUCCAGCACCCCUUUCUUAGAAUCUUCAUAGCCUACUUUGUGACCUUCUGCAAUUUUCUGAUCUAUGCUGAAGAUCCUGUAGCACACAGUAUGAAGGAAUGUAACAUCCCCCUAAUUGGAAACGACUUUGCUUUUGUGUGUACCCGCUAUCCCCCUAAUGCCUUCAGCCUCCUUAAAGUAGUCAUGUGGCUUGGAGCCAUUAUCAUCGGCUGUAUCCUUGGGAAGAUCCUCAUACAUGUCUUACUGUUGAACAAACUGCUGCGUCUGAAGAUGUUCACAGAGGACCAGGGAUCAUGGAUGAUAAUGUUCCUGUGUAGUCUCAUUUCCAUAUUUAUCAUGUCCUGGAUCUACAACGGAUUCCUGACAGCCGGAGGUGAUAGCACAGAAUCCUAUCGGAUUUCCGGUGACCUUGGACUCUCCAACUCUAUUUUUAUGAAGGCUGCUGCCUGUGGUACUUGGUGUGGAGACUUUUUCACUGCUUGGAUGGUGACUGAUAUGAUGCUACAAGAGAAGCUCUACCCAGGCUGGGCCAAACCAGUGCGGACCUGGUGGAACCACCGAUACAAUCGUAUCAUCUUAUUCUGGGUGGUCACCUCAGUAACGUCCCUCGUCGUGAUCUUUGUGAUAGCCACAGACUUUAUACAGUGGGAGAAGCUGAACCAUGGAUUCCUGCCGACUAACGAACUGUCCAGGGCGUUUCUGGCCUCCUUCAUUCUGGUUAUGGAUAUCUUAAUUGUGUGUCAGGACUGGGAUUUCCCUCAUUUUAUGAGUGCCAUUGACAUCAAAAUGCCAGGUGUUAACACUGCACACAUCAAGUUUGACAUCCCCAAGUGUCUCAAGAAAGAGGUUUGGCAGGUGCAUAUUACAGGUAAAUGGUUUAACUACGGGAUUUUGUUUAUCGUUAUGCUGCUUGACCUAAACAUGUGGAAGAACCAGAUCUUUUACAAGCCCUAUGACUAUGGUCAGUACGUGGAUUCAGAGGGGAGAAUCCACACAGUGCUGGACGACUACAGCCUUACAACAUUUAACGAGAGUCUGCUAACCUGGUCGUACCGAAACAAUACAAUAAAUCCUGUGACCAAUGCGUCCUACCUUGAGGGAGAUAUGGUCGUCAGCACUCGUUACUAUGACUACAGCCUAGCAUUGAAGGGAUUGGCAUUCGUCCCAGCCCUUUUGGCGUUCAUUGUGUUAGGUGUGACUGUUUGGAUGUUUGGCCGUUUUAAGCCAUCGAAGGAUGAUCCGUAUGCUGGUCGGUUAAAGAAGCGCAGAAAGAGGAGGAGAUUCUCCCUUAGAAAUUUAUCUAGUUCCUUCCGAAAAAUUGAACUGCGGAGAAAAGUUCAAGCUGUACCUAAGCUGCUACAUUUCCGUCGUAAACAAAGCCCUAAUCAUGACCCUUCCUCAAAUGGAUCAGGAUACCCUGAAAACUGGUCGGCACCAGCAGACAUCAACAAAUAGAGAAACCUAAAGCUGGUGUCAGUUUUAUACCUGUUUGAUAUUGAUUAUAUUUUUGAGACAUUUCUGUAUUAUUACUUUGAUUGUAAUGUACAUGUAUAUUACAUAUAUCAUGGUGAUUUAUGUAUAUUUUCUAACAUGUCAAUAGAUUAUGAUGAUUGAAAUAUCGGAAAUCAACAUAUCGGAAAUCAACUACAAUAAUUAAUCAAGAACUUGCAAAACAGUGAAGCAUAGGUCAUAUUAUUCUUAUAAUGAAUGAAAUUGAAAUCUUUGAAAUACCAUUUUAUACAUACCUUGCUCACUUUAGAAGCAAUGAAAACACACUCUGUAUUUUCAUACCAUGGUAAUACGUAUAACAGGUAUGUGUACCAAUUGUAACCAUUCAUCACUUUAUCAGGUAGAAUUGUCUAUUGGUAAAUCAUCAUGGAGUUAUUUUGACACUCCUAAAAUAUAACAAUUAUUUUUAUCUGAAAAUUGAAUAUAUUCAUCUGUUUGAAUUCAUAAUUGUCCUUGAUGAGUUUAUAAAUUAAAUGCCUUUGGUAUGGUGACUGUGUAGUUAGGUCAAUAAUAUAGUCUAUAGUUUUAAUUAGAUUAUUGUGCUAUGUAGUUACUAUGCUAUCUACACAAUAUAAAGUUUUUAAGCUUCAACCAAAGCGAUACUGAAACAGAAAUUGUUUCAAAUUAGAGAGAGAAUUUGAGAGAAAAUUCAAGCCACAUUAAUCAGUCUGUGUACAUUUGAAUAUGUAUCAAAUUAUGAUAUGUGAGAACUUCAUAAUUAUGUUGUGUCCUCAGAAUCAUCUAGGAUCUAGUUUAGAUCAGGAAUAGUUCAACCUACCGCGUAUACUAGUGCUGUUGGUUAACUUCUUAAUCAUUAAUGGUUGGGUCAUCAUUUAAUUAACUGUCUGUCUUAAUUGAUAUGAGUGAUGGAAACUACUUAUAUGAUUAUUAUCUUUCAAUAAACCAAACAUUGUGACCCAAUUGUGGUCACCACAAUAGACAUACAGUAAUUGGUUCAGUAGACAUACAGUAAUUAGUUCAGUUGACAUACAGUAAUUGGUUCAGUUGACAUACAGUAAUUGGUUCAGUAGACAUACAGUAAUUGGUUCAGUAGACAUACAGUAAUUGGUUCAGUAGACAUACAGUAAUUGGUUUAGUAGACAUACAGUAAUUGGUUCAGUAGACAUACAGUAAUUGGUUCAGUAGACAUACAGUAAUUGGUUCAGUAGACAUACAGUAAUUGGUUCAGUAGACAUACAGUAAUUGGUUCAGUUGACAUACAGUAAUUGGUUCAGUAGACAUACAGUAAUUGGUUCAGUUGACAUACAGUAAUUGGUUCAGUAGACAUACAGUAAUUGGUUCAGUAGACAUACAGUAAUUGGUUCAGUUGACAUACAGUAAUUGGUUAUUACACAUGCAGUAAUUAGUUAAGUUGACAUACAGGUUCAGUAGACCUACAGUAAUUGGUUCAGUAGACAUACAGUAAUUGGUUCAGUAGACAUACAGUAAUUGGUUCAUUAGACCUAGAGUAAUUGGUUCAGUAGACCUAGAGUGAUUGGUUCAGUUGACAUACAGUAAUUGGUUCAGUACACAUACAGUAAUUGGUUCAGUUGACAUACAGUAAUUAGUUCAGUUGACAUACAGUAAUUGGUUCAGUUGACAUACAGUAAUUGGUUCAGUAGACAUACAGUAAUUGGUUCAGUUGACAUACAGUAAUUGGUUCAGUAGACAUACAGUAAUUGGUUCAGUUGACAUACAGUAAUUGGUUCAGUAGACAUACAGUAAUUGGUUCAGUAGACAUACAGUAAUUGGUUCAGUUGACAUACAGUAAUUGGUUAUUACACAUGCAGUAAUUAGUUAAGUUGACAUACAGGUUCAGUAGACCUACAGUAAUUGGUUCAGUAGACAUACAGUAAUUGGUUCAGUACACAUACAGUAAUUGGUUCAGUUGACAUACAGUAAUUGGUUCAGUAGACAUACAGUAAUUGGUUCAGUACACAUACAGUAAUUGGUUCAGUAGACAUACAGUAAUUGGUUCAGUACACAUACAGUAAUUGGUUCAGUAGACCUAGAGUGAUUGGUUCAGUUGACAUACAGUUAUUGGUUCAGUACACAUACAGUAAUUGGUUCAGUAGACAUACAGUAAUUGGUUCAGUUGACAUACAGAAAUUAGUUCAGUAGACAUACAGUAAUUGGUUCAGUACACAUACAGUAAUUGGUUCAGUAGACAUACAGUAAUUGGUUCAGUACAUGUACAGUAAUUGGUUCAGUUGACAUACAGUAAUUGGUUCAGUAGACAUACAGUAAUUGGUUCAGUUGACAUACAGUAAUUGGUUCAAUAGACAUACAGUAAUUGGUUCAGUACACAUACAGUAAUUGGUUCAGUAGACAUACAGUAAUUAGUUCAGUACACAUACAGUAAUUAGUUCAGUAGACAUACAGUAAUUGGUUCAGUACACAUACAGUAAUUGGUUCAGUACACAUACAGUAAUUGGUUCAGUAGACAUACAGUAAUUGAUUCAGUUGACAUACAGUAAUUGGUUCAGUUGACAUACAGUAAUUGGUUCAGUAGACAUACAGUAAUUGGAAUUCUAAGCAAUCGUCCCAUAAGAGACUAGAAGCACAGCAUUAGCAGUGAUGAAACAAAUUGGUGUCUAGAUUGUGUAUUUUACUACCAGAUGUGAACAUUUAUUUUUCUACACUUCCUUACUCUGGCCGACUUUCUGAGUGUUAUAUUUACCAUACCCUGGGUAGUAUGUGUACAUUGUUUAAGUCGUAUACUAUAAUUACCAUAGAAUUGUACAUGGAUGUUAUGAGAAAAACUGAUUAUUUUUAAAUCGUGUUACGGUUAUGUUUUUUAAUCGUCAGACAUAUAGUUGAACAUUAAAAUGCAUAAUGUUUGAGUACCCUAGAUGCCUUACAAGUUGUCUGAUUUCCUGUGUAUUUUUUUAUGGAUAGAAGACAGAUAAUAUGUUUUAUAGAAAUGAUAUACAAGUCCCUUGAUUUACCAUGAUAUGUACUGUAUUUUCUGCUGGAUAUUUUUUUAAUCUGUUCUUAUUGAAGUUCAAACAGGUUUCAAAUCACUUUUCAAAAAUUGCACUUUUUAAUCGUAGUUAUGGUCUGGCCAGAGUUAAGCAUGCUGUCCUGUUUAUAUACCGUGUAGGGAAUAGACUGUUGGAGCCAAGUGAAGCAUGGUGUUCUGUUAAUUUUUGCUAGAUUAAUUGAUAUAACAUUGUAGCAAAAUUAUGAUUAUAUAUAUAGCCUGAAGUAUGAACCUCCUCUUUGUGACAUUUUUAAAUACAUUGUACAGUCCAAUAUAUAUCUGCUCUUUAUUGGCAUAAUUCCAUCCCUUGUUUGUACGAGAAGGUUGGCCAGAUCUUGGUGUCGGGAUAUGGUGAAUAUAUGAUGAAACAUUGCAUCACUAUGACAAUUUAUGACAACUUGUAGUGGUACAUGUAGUUCUAUUUUUAAUUAUCACAAUGUAAUUUAAUUGUCAAGAAUUUUUAUUUGUAUGUUACAAUCUAUCAACUGUAAUGCUUAACAUUAUAUCAACAUCUGAUUGUUGUCCUGUUAUCACAGUCAGCAUUUGUCAGGGCAUCAUGUGAUAAUACCAUAACUACGCAUAUGAUUGUUGUCACAGUCAACAUCCGUCAUGGCAACAUGUGAUAAUACCAUAACUACAUCUGAUUGUUGUCUCUAUGUUGUCACAGUCAACAUCCGUCAUGGCAACAUGUGAUAAUACCAUAACUACAUCUGUUUGUUGUCUCUAUGUUGUCACAGUCAACAUCCGUCAUGGCAACAUGUGAUAAUACCAUAACUACAUCUGUUUGUUGUCUAUGUUAUCAUUCAUUGACUGUAUAAUAUCAUGUUGGUAUCUUCGAUAGUCAGGGAUUUUCCUACAAUAGAAACAGGGUCUGUUAAAAGGACCCAUUUUUUGUUUUUCCCAAUUUCCCAAUUUGUCGCGUAGGAAUUCCCAAUUCAUUGGACCCUUGACCCAGUUGAAAUAUUAUAGAAAAAUCCCUGAUAACAGUGUUUGGAAGUUUUUCCUGUCAUUCCAACUCUACAAAUUUAUUUUGAAUACCUUAGCUUUUUAGCCCACCAUCAUCAGAUGGUGGGCUAUUCAAAUCGCCCUGCGUCCGUGGUCCGUCGUCCGUCCCUC